AUGUUCUUCGAACGACAGGGCUACCAUCUUCCGUUGGCACCCGAUAGUGCCUUCAAAGACACAUCUACCCCUUACGAAGGGUUCGCUGGCCCAGGUGUGCGCUUUUAUCGAACAACCUUCAACCUAAGCCUCCCAGUUCCCGAAUACGACAUCCCGCUGGCGAUAGUCUUUACCAACACGAGCAACGCGAGUUCUGUGCCCGAGUCUUUCAGGUCUUUGCUCUAUGUGAACGGCUUCCAGUUCGGCAAGUAUGUCAAUCACAUCGGACCUCAGCUCGAGUAUCCUGUCCCUGAAGGUAUAUUGAACUAUAACGGAGAGAAUUGGCUGGGAGUCAGUCUGUGGAAUAUGGAAGAUGGCAAUGCUACGGUCAAACUUGGAGGCUUUCAGCUUAAGUCGAGCAGCACGCCAACAAUGAGUGGGCGGUACAGAAAUGUGAGUUUGAGUUAUCAGCUACCGCAGGAUGGCUGGCAUCAAAGAGAAGGGUACGAAGUUUACUGA